GCGGUCGCGUCGCUGCCGGAAGUGGCGGCGCAGGGCAGACCGGCGGGCGGCAUGGCGGGACCUCAGGGCGCGCGGCGCGUGGCGGUGGCCGGGACGCGGCCCGGGAAGCGGAUGCUGGAGCCGGGGCGGGAGCCGGAGGAGCCCUCUCUCCCCGGCGCCCCGGCUCCCAGCCUGUCUGACAGCGAGGAGAGUGUGUUCUCAGGCCUGGAAGAUUCUGGCAGUGACAGCAGUGAGGAGGAGGACGGGGCCAGCGGCGAGGAGCAGCACAGCAGGAUGGAGAAGGCCACGGGGCAGCAGGCCGGGACCCCUUCCCCGAGGACGCAGGUGGCAAGCGUGCCUGGCGAGGACGAGUACGCGGAAGACAGUUCCGACGAAGAGGACAUCCGGAACACAGUGGGCAAUGUGCCCUUGGCGUGGUACGAGGACUUCCCCCAUGUGGGCUACGACCUGGAUGGCAGACGCAUCUACAAGCCCCUCCGCACCCAGGAUGAGCUGGACCAGUUUCUGGACAAAAUGGACAACCCUGACUACUGGCGCACGGUGCAGGACCGGACGACCGGGCACGACGUGAGGCUGACGGAUGAGCAGGUGGCCCUGGUGCAGCGGCUGCAGAGGGGCCAGUUUGGGGACGUGAGCUUUGACCCAUACGAGCCGUCUGUGGACUUCUUCAGUGGGGACCUCAUGAUCCAUCCGGUGACCAACCGGCCCGCUGACAAGCGCAGCUUUAUCCCGUCCCUGGUGGAGAAGGAGAAGGUCUCCCGCAUGGUGCACGCCAUCAAGAUGGGCUGGAUCCAGCCGCGCCGGCCUCGGGACCCCACCCCCAGCUUCUACGACCUGUGGGCGCAGGAGGACCCCAAUGCUGUGCUGGGCCGUCACAAGAUGCACGUGCCUGCUCCCAAGCUCGCCCUGCCUGGCCACGCCGAGUCCUACAACCCGCCUCCCGAGUACCUGCCCAGCGAGGAGGAGCGCCUGGCCUGGGACCAGCAGGAGCCGGAGGAGAGGAAGCUCAGCUUCCUGCCGCGCCAGUUCUCCAGCCUGCGGGCUGUGCCCGCCUAUGGCCGCUUCAUCCAGGAGCGCUUUGAGCGCUGCCUCGACCUCUACUUGUGCCCACGGCAGCGCAAGAUGAGGGUGAACGUAGACCCCGAAGACCUCAUCCCCAAGCUGCCUCGGCCACGGGACCUGCAGCCUUUUCCCACGUGCCAGGCCCUGGUCUACAGAGGCCACAGUGACCUUGUCCGCUGCCUUAGUGUCUCCCCGGGUGGCCAGUGGCUGGCAUCAGGUUCAGAUGACGGCUCGGUGCGGCUCUGGGAGGCGGCCACCGCCCGCUGCGUGAGGACCGUGCCUGUGGGUGGUGUCGUGCGGAGUGUGGCCUGGAACCCCCAGCCUGCCAUCUGCCUUGUGGCCGUGGCCGUGGAGGACACGGUGCUGCUGCUCAACCCCACCGUGGGGGACCGGCUGGCGGUGAGCAGCACGGACCAGCUGCUGAGCGCCUACACCCCGCCUGCCGAGCCUGCUGCGCAGCCCGCGCAGUGGCUGGAAGCCUCAGAGGAGGAGCGUCGGGGGGGCCUGCGGCUGCGUGUCUGCCACGGCAAGCCAGUGACGCAGGUGACCUGGCAUGGGCGUGGGGACUACCUGGCCGUGGUGCUGGCCACCACGGGCCACACCCAGGUGCUGAUCCACCAGUUGAGCCGGCGUCGCAGCCAGAGUCCCUUCCGCCGCAGCCACGGUCAGGUGCAGCGCGUGGCCUUCCACCCCGUGCGGCCCUUCCUGCUCGUGGCCUCCCAGCGCAGCGUCCGCCUUUACCACCUGCUGCGCCAGGAGCUCACCAAGAAGCUGCUGCCCAACUGCAAGUGGGUGUCCAGCCUGGCAGUGCACCCUGCAGGUGACAACGUUAUCUGUGGCAGCUAUGAUAGCAAGCUGGUGUGGUUUGACCUGGAUCUCUCUACCAAGCCAUACCGAGUGCUGAGGCACCACAAGAAGGCCCUGCGGGCUGUGGCCUUCCACCCCCGGUACCCGCUCUUUGCAUCUGGCUCCGACGACGGCAGUGUCAUCGUCUGCCACGGAAUGGUGUACAACGACUUGCUGCAGAACCCGCUGCUGGUGCCCGUGAAGGUGCUGAAGGGGCACGCUCUGACCCGAGACCUGGGGGUGCUGGACGUGGCCUUCCACCCCACCCAGCCCUGGGUCUUCUCCGCCGGCGCCGACGGCACGGUCCGCCUCUUCUCCUAGGCGGCCCGCUUCCGGGGCCGCGCCUGUGCUCCGGACCCUCAAUAGAGGCCUUUUCCCUGCUGGUGUGA